UAUUACACCUCCUUUUCCCCCUUUCAAAAACCCUUCAUAUAUAACCCUCACCUCAAACCCUAGGGUUCAUCUCUCCCAUUCUCUUUCUCAUUUUCUCUCUCCUCUGCAUUUCCAAUUUACAGCUUAAUACUCAAAUUCUAAAUAUGGCUUUGCCGAAUCAGCAAACUGUGGACUACCCAAGUUUCAAGCUUGUUCUUGUCGGUGAUGGUGGUACAGGAAAGACUACAUUUGUUAAAAGGCAUCUUUCUGGUGAAUUUGAGAAGAAAUAUGAACCUACCAUUGGUGUCGAAGUUCACCCAUUGGAUUUCCACACUAACUGUGGGCAAAUCCGAUUUUACUGCUGGGAUACCGCUGGCCAAGAGAAGUUCGGUGGUCUGAGAGAUGGAUAUUAUAUUCAUGGUCAAUGUGCCAUUAUCAUGUUUGAUGUGACCGCUCGAUUGACGUACAAGAAUGUUCCUACAUGGCACCGGGACCUUUGCAGGGUGUGUGAGAACAUUCCAAUUGUGCUGUGUGGAAACAAGGUUGAUGUGAAGAACAGGCAAGUGAAGGCCAAGCAAGUUACCUUCCACAGGAAGAAGAACUUGCAGUACUAUGAGAUAUCAGCUAAGAGCAAUUACAACUUUGAGAAGCCCUUCCUCUACCUUGCCCGAAAACUUGCAGGGGAUCAAAACUUACAUUUUGUGGAGUCUCCAGCUUUGGCCCCCCCAGAGGUGCAAAUUGACUUGGCUGAACAGCAGAGGCAUGAGCAAGAGCUUGCUGUUGCAGCUGCACAGCCACUCCCAGAUGAUGAUGAUGACGCAUUUGAGUAAAUUGGAAGAUCAGUUUUAUUUUUCGUUCUCCUUGUGUGUUAAAACUCUCCGCAGUCCCUAAACUGUAUCACUAAAGUUGAAUUUUUUUCUUCUUUAAGGGUGGGUUUUGAAUAGGUAGUAAUAGAGAGUUUGGGACAGUUGAUAAUGGUUUUUUAUUAACUUUGUAUUGGCUGGCAGAGAGCUACAUUGUAUUAGAAGGUCAAAUGCUCAAUCUAGAGCGUGACUUUGAGACUUUGUAUGAAUGUGGGAAGUAUUUGUUCCCGAUUUUAUCAUGUGCGUUUUGAUUUUCAUGUUCA